ACCCCACUAGACUCCAAAUCUUCUAAGAUUACAUUACAACUAUUUCCAACAACAGAUUAUCUAUUGAUAGAAGCGAUGGCAUUCGCUCGUCGUUUAGCCAUUCUUCCUGGAGGUCUAGGCGGUCUUGGAUCGAGCAUAGGCCAGAAGCUGAGAGAGCAGGGAGCUCAUCUUGCCAUUCUUUAUGCUCCAUUUGAAGCUGCUCGUCGGGAGGAAUUGCUUGAAUUAGGGUACGGUAGUAGUCAUAGUUCAGACUUGAAGAAUAUCCGCACCUAUGAAUGCGAUAUCACGUCUCCCCAGUCUGUGCAGUCGGCAUUUGAUACUCUAGGAAAGGAAAUGGUAUCGCCAGAAUCCUCCGAGCUGGUCAAGGGGGCCUUCCCUAGCAUUCUGAUAAAUACCGCUGGCUAUGUUUCUCUUAGUGACAUGGCCCUUACUCCUCCCGAAGAGACUAUGAGGCAUCUAACCACCAACCUCUUCGGGCCAAUGCUUUGCUCACAGACCUUUGCCCGAUUUUAUUUUGCGUCAAAAGCGCAGACACCUACUAGUUCUCCACCCGGUAGGAUUGUCAGCUUGGCAUCUCAGGCGGCGCAUGUAGCUUUACACCGACAUGGUGCUUACUGUGCUUCCAAAGCUGGACUUUUAGGCUUGACACGUAGUAUGGCUUCUGAGUGGGGAUCUCAGGGUAUCACCGCGAAUACUGUAUCCCCUACUGUGGCUUGGACGACGCUUGGACAGAAAGCGUGGGGGGAAAAAUCGACCAGGGAGGAAUUUUUGAAGACUAUCCCCACUGGAAGAUUUGCAUUGCCUGAGGAGGUGGCAGAGGCUGUGCUGUUUCUUUGUCAGGAUUCCAGCGGUAUGGUCAACGGUGCAGAUAUUCGAGUUGAUGGAGGAGUUACCAUUCGUUAA